CACGAUGGCCAUGAACGCCAUGACUUUCCGCGCCGCAGUCGUCGGCUCCGCGCCGAGCUCCAAGCUCCUCAAGAGCUCGCGCGUCGCGUCCUCCGCGAAGCCCACGGCGAUCGUCUCUUUCUUCGGGAAGAAGGAGCCCGCGCCGAAGAAGGCUGCGGUCCGCGGCCUGAACGGCCCGACGAACCGCCCGAAGGUUGUCGUCGCGAAAGGGAAGGAGCUCACGGGCUCGGCCGCGAAAGCCGCCAAGGCGAAGCCGAUGUUCGACUUCUCUUCCAAGCCGAAGCCGGUCGUCAAGGCGAAGCCGAAGCCGAAGCCGAAGCCGGUCGCGAAGAAGGCCUCCAAGCCCAUGUUCGGGACCGCGAAGAAGGCCAAGCCGAUCGCGAAGAAGGCGUCGGCGUCCAAGCCGUUGUUCUCGUUCGGCGGCUCCGGCGCCGCGAAGAAGACGAAGCCGAAGGCGACGAUGAAGAAGAGCUCCCCCGCGUCGAGCUACACGAUCAAGAAGACCCCGUUCACCGCGAAGAAGUCGGCGACGACGUUCAAGACGGUGCAGCCGAAGAAGGUGGUCGCGAAGCCGGCGGCGGCGAAGGCGUCGGCGCCGAGAGCCGCGAGCGCGGCGAAGUACGACAGAGACCUCGUCGAGAACUACGGGCUCGUCCCUAUCUUCGCGGGGACGUUCUUGCUCACGUACGCGGUCUUCCCCGCGGUGAUCGAGAACUUCUUGGAGGUUGUCGGCAUCGGGUACUCCGCGUACUUCGCGUACUCGUACUACACCUCCCCGGAGGCGCGCGCUAACUUUGGACAGACGCUCGACAAGGUGGAUGAGGAUUUCGGCCUCGACUUGAGGAGCGUCGCCGCGGGCGCUGGGGACAUCGCGAACAAGACGUCGAAGCAGCUCGCGGAACAGGCGGAGAAGAACGCGGAGGCGGCGGCGAAGAAGAAGCUGGAGGAUAAGAAGGCGGCGGAGAAGCUCGCCGCGGACACGAUCAAGGCGGCGGGGAAGGCGGCGGAGAAGGAAAAGGAGGCGUGAUCCGAUCGUCGCGAAAAUGCAACGCGAUCGCGACGUCUCUUAAUCUAGCACAGGAGGCGUCGCGUCGGAGCUAGAGAACGAUACAACGCAUGUACACGACGCGGAGCUGGAGUUAGCUCGUUUUUAUAAUAAGGUGAGGGUAAAAGCAC